UCCUGCUGAUUAUUGUCACAACGUUAGACCAUAUAAGCAAUUACUCCCAAAAAAUUUACAAGAAGACCUCUUGUGUUACUACCUUGCUAACGAUCAACCAAAAUCGGCCAUAAUUCUCCCCCCGAGGGUGUCACCUAUCAAAAUUGAUUCAACCAUUAUUGGACCACAGCAUACGGCCCUUAUCGCGAGGUGGUUAGACAAUGAACCCAUUGAGAUCGAUGAUUUGGUUUGGCUUGGGCCGAAGUUUGGUAAAGGUCCGGAUCUAUGGGUUCGGAUGAAUACAGACAAAAGUGGAGAAGCGCGUAAAGAUACUUAUGAAAGCAACGUUUUGGAAGUUGAGGGAAGAUUUAGAUGGAUAGAAUGCGAAAUAUUUUCUAUAAUGAAGAAAUAA